AUGGCUCCCAAGGGCGAGCUGGUGUGGGGCGUGGCCCACAUCUUUGCCUCCUUCAACGACACCUUUGUCCACGUGACCGACCUGUCGGGCAAGGAGACGCUGGUGCGCGUGACCGGCGGCAUGAAGGUGAAGGCCGACCGCGACGAGUCGUCGCCCUACGCCGCCAUGCUUGCCGCACAGGACGUGGCCGUGCGCUGCAAGGAGCUGGGCGUGAACGCGCUGCACAUCAAGCUGCGCGCCACCGGCGGCAACCGCACCAAGACCCCCGGCCCCGGCGCCCAGUCCGCCCUGCGCGCUCUGGCCCGCUCCGGCAUCAAGAUUGGGCGGAUUGAGGACGUCACUCCCAUCCCGACCGACAGCACUCGCCGCAAGGGCGGCCGCCGCGGUCGCCGCCUGUGA